CAUCAUGUGAUGUUGUUGAACACAGCAGCCACAGCCACAGAGACACUGUGAGGAUCAGUGUGUGGAAUAAAAGGUAUCCUAAAAGAUAUGUUCAUCAUCUUCCAAGCAGAUCGGGUUGUCAGUCUUGCUGUAAUUUACAGGUUGACCAAAUUGAGACACUUUCUGGCGCUUGGUUUUCGCGAUCGCUUGUGUUCUAGGAUCUCUCCUCUUAACUUCUGGCUAACUCAAGUGAGCUCAUGCUAGCUCGAUAGUACCAGCACUCACCCAGGCUGAAGCUGGGGCGCAGCAGCAGCAGCAGCAGUGGAGCUGGCCGACGAUCAUUUCCGACAGCUCCGUAUGGAUUUGACGUCGUUGCUUGAUGUUUUACAAAGGGUCGAUUACCGGUGAUUUCGAGGAUGGGGGAACCUUGUGACCUUAAGCACUUCGUAAAGUGUGGCGUCACUGUGGAGGGCUCAUUUCUCUGAUUUUGGAUUAUUCUUGGCCAGCAGCCUCUUCAGGCCUACUAAUCCUAGACGAGUUUCUCAAUGGACACUCUGCUGAAGUCAGAGAUCAGACAGGAGGGGAGUGAUGCUUCGGUAAAGGUGGAGGGCCUAUCCAAGGCAGCUCUAAUCAAAAGCCUGUCUCCCAGAGUCAUGCUAUCCAACCGUCUCUUGCCUAAAGGGACCAAGAUGAAGGUCAACCUAGAGGAUCAGGGCCGUCAGAAAGUAUCCUUCAGCUUCUCACAAACCAAGAAGCCACUGCAGAGCCUGUUCUUCAUCCCCGCCAGUCCUGACAAGUCUGUCACUGAGCCCAACGCUGCCUUGCCACAGGCAACCUCAGACAAAGGAGGGCAGAAUACGGACAGCAAAACUGAGCAAAACCAGACACCCAUGGUGCCAACAUCAGUAACAGAGAUACCUUCUCAAACACCAGUCUCCUCAGCCACUAAACUGAAAACAGGCUUAGCAAAAAUGCAUUUCAAAAAGCAAAUUCUCAGUGUCUCUGUGACUGAAGAGAAACCGACAUCUGUUGUGCCAGAGGACCCGCAAUCCCCUGAAUUGCAGGUUCUGCAGAAAUCUAAAAGUGUAACUGAAUUUUCAACACCCCAGCCUCAGACUGUCGCCAGUGUCAACCCCUCUGAGAAUGCUCACAUUGAAGCCCCUGAGACAAGGGUAACCCCAAGUCUCAAGAAGCCAGCUGCUUCCUCAGGAAAAGAAGGAGAGAGUUCCAGUAGUGCUGAGCAGGAUAGUAAGGUAGACAAAAGGAAAACCAGGUCCCAAUCUAGAAGUGCUCCCCCUGGCUCAGAAUCUGAUGCAGAUUCAGGCCAGAUGUCUUCCAGCCACAAAUCAGUUGACUCCAAAAAUAAAACAAACUCUGACAGCAGAAGCAAAGAGGUAAAAAAGUCUUCCUCUGGUUCACAUGUGGAUGAGAAGGAAAAAAGUUCCUCCAAGCGGUCCGAGAAUCAUGAAAGGUCUUCUAGCUACUCUAAAUCAGACCGUGAUUCUAGACGCACGUCAUCACGUUCAUCUCGAUCAGACAAAGAUCGCAGAAGGUCCAGGUCCAGAUCACGGUCUAGAUCGAGAGGGUCUCGAACAAGUUCAUCUCACUCCAGGUCAGAGAGAACCAGAGGCGAUAGAGGAUCACGCUCCGAAAGGUCAUACUAUCAUGAUUCUGAUCGGAGAUCACAUCGGAGUUCUCCACGCAGAGAGAGAAGACGUUCUCGCUCUCGCACUGACAGAACUCGGGACAGUUCUGACUCUGAGGAUGACCAUAGGAAGACAAGGACGAGGACAAGUGACUCCAGUAGAUUGUCCACCCAUUCAAGCUCACAUAAGGAAUCAAAAUCAUCUUCCUACUCCAAACCUGAGAAAACCUCAAAAUCUGCGGAUUCUCCUCACUCUUCAGAGUUUGAUAAAAGAACACAAUCGUCAAAGUCUGAAAGGACUUCAAAACGACUAUCAGACUCUGAUUCGCAGCGCAAUCGCUCCCCUGAUCUGGACUCCAGUUACCGGAAAUCUAGCACCCAUCACAAGUCAGAGACCAACAGCAAAUCCUCUUCUUCCAGUAUGCAUACCCACUCUCAAACAUAUGAAAAACGUCAAAAAAGCAGCUCUAGUGACUCUGAGGCAGAUCAUAAGGGAAAAUCACAGGCCUCUGACAGAAGCUCUGGCUCAGAAGAGAAUUGUAAAAACUCCCAAAAGAAAGCCAGUCGGCCAGACUCAAAGCAGACGACCCCUUCUAGAUCUACUGUGAAAACCAGUGGACAUGAUAGACAAUCAGAUGAUGUAUUUCACAGCCCUGGCAAGACCCCAUCGUGUGCAAACAACACAGAAUCGUGUUCUCAGAGUGAAAAAGAAAAAUCUCAUUCCCAACAAGGUGGAUAUGAACAUAGUGGUCAGGAUUUUAAGGAAAUGGUCUCAUGCACUGAUAAGAGUUUGCAAGAAUCGUCAUCCAAGAGAUCGAAAGAAACAAAAUCAGGUCUUGAAGUUGAGGAUAGAAAUGCUUCAUCUAUAACUCCUAGUGAAAGCCUAAAAUUUGUAAAUGUCACCCUGGAAAACUUGACCAAUGUGAAGGAUAGCCUUUCUUCUAAUAAGCGACCACAUGUGAACCCAGAUGCAGCUGUCUUAAAUUCAUGCAGUAGUAAUGAUAGUAUAACGUGUAACCAGGAAAAGAAAGUUGUUGAUUGUUCACCAGGGCCAACAUCCUCACUUGAUACAGCAGAUAUACCCGUCACCCAAGAUGUCCAGCAGAACACUAAACCAGAGAUUGUUGAAGAUUUGACAGUCGACAAGCCGUCUGGUGCAAGUUUGCCGCUCAAAUCGGAUUCAUCGUGUCUUGAAUCUGAGGAUCAGCCGACACAGCAAAAUGUGGAUACUGUUAAAAAGAGCAGCAGUACUACCAAAAAGUCCAGGUGGGACAUUGUUGGGCAGGAUAGCUCAGAGAGUGAUAAUUCUCAGAGGACACUUUGUACAGAGAGUAAGGCUUCUGUUAAAAAAGUGAUCUCUGUCAAAAAAAUAGAGUUUUCGAAAGACAAUAGCCAACAAGACUCUGACAUCAAAGAUGCUAAUCAGCAAGAAGCUAAAACACAUUCCAUAGGGGUGAAGCAGACUGAGAUCUCUAAGCAGGAAGUCGGCUCAGACAGCACAUCCGUGACCGACAAAUACAAAGACCAAAGUGAGCCUUCACAAGCGAGCACCAGCAAUGACCACUGUGACUUAAAAUGGAGUGUCUCUCAAAAAACAAACACAGAUGAGCGUCUGCACGUAAAUGAUACAUCACAAGCUGACAAAGCUGCACAGAUGCAGAGUUGGAAUGGUGAUGACCAUGAAGAAAAAUCCAAGGGAGGUGCUCAGAAGAGCAAACCGAAUAAGAGAACAUUACUUAAUCAGGAUGCAUUAGGAGGACAGAGUGAGGUCAGUGAUAGUGACAACUCCGAGUAUGACUCUGAUUGCGACGAGGCUAUAAAACGGUUGCACUCUGUGGUGGUGGUGCCAAAGAAUUCUUCCCUAACAGUGGAUACACAGGACACAGGAGUUUCCCCAUGCAGUCUAAUGAAUAGUUCAGAACUGCAGAAUGUGAAAAUUGAUGAAGACUCAAAUCAAAUUAGCCCACAACAAAGGCAGGGGAGUUCUUCCGCAAUUGUGGAGACCAGUGGUCUAUGUGCAGGUGUUAACGAUUCAUCCCAUAGCAGCAUGCUGUGUCAAUCCCAGAGUAAUAUGAUUGAUAGCACCAGUCACUCGGAGGGCUCCAGCUCCAUCCGUGUGCAACCUUACAUGGCUGGUCACAUCAGUGCUCAUGGAAGUGCCACAGAUCCUGCCCACAGCCUUGAUAAUUCCAGACAGUGUGAGCAAGGGCACAAACAGCACACUGUAAACAGCAGAGGUGAAAAGAUAUACUCCCAUUACAAACAUGAUGAUUUUUCCAAUGCUGACAAUAUCAAUGACCAGAAUGGAUUCAGCCUGGGUUGGGAUUUUUCCCAACCAGAACAGCCCAGUAGUACAUACCAGCAGCCUGAUAGCAGUCACGGCCCACAGCUACCAAACACUAAACAGACAGAAACCUCUCCUAAGGGACAGGAGCACAGGCAGAGUAACGCCACCUGGAACCAUCAAUUCCCAAACGCACAGACUAGCAGACAACCCUACCUCCAUAUGCAUGAACAUUGGCAUCAGGACCUUGCAGGUGAAAUCCACCCCGACUCUCUAACUAAUGACCAGGACGACUACAGUGGGGAUAAAUUAUCUGAAGUGAGUAAAACAGCUGCUGAGUGCAGUGGACCUAACACUCCUGGAUCAUCAAGCUUUGUACAAGGUCAUGAAAUAAGCAGCAACAGCAGGGGCUCUGCUGUGCCUGACCCCCCUAGAGAGGACAAUUUUAGACCCCACAGGGGCCGGGGCCCUCCCAAGAAAAGGCGUCCAGAGAUUGAGUCAGAUUCAGACAACGAGGCAGAAGCUGGGCCGGCAGCCAAGAAGGAGCGGCAAGGAGAGGCAGAUGUCUCUAAAGAAAGUCAUGUCAAAGCUGAGGUGCAGCGUCCAUCACUCAGACUGGAUGACUUCCAAGAUGCCAAUAAAUGGAAGGACUUUGCCAAGUCUAAGAAGAUGCCCCCUUACUUUGACUUGAUUGAGGAGAACCUGUACUUGACUGAAAGAAAAAAGAGCAAAUCUCAUCGAGACAUCAAGAGAAUGCAGUGUGAGUGCCCAGUGCUGCCCAGAGAGGAGCGUUCAAAGGGAGUAUUAGCAUGUGGGGAAGAUUGUUUAAACCGGCUGCUGAUGAUCGAGUGCUCCUCGCGGUGCCUGAAUGGAGCCUACUGCUCUAACCGACGCUUUCAGAUGAAGCAACAUGCGGACUUCGAGGUUAUUCUCACAGAGGACAAAGGCUGGGGACUGCGGGCAGCAAAAGACUUGGCUCCAAACACCUUUGUACUGGAGUACUGCGGGGAGGUAUUGGACCACAAGGAGUUCAAAACAAGGGUGAAAGAAUACGCUCGCAAUAAGAACAUCCACUACUACUUCAUGUCUCUAAAGAAUAACGAGAUCAUUGAUGCAACACUGAAGGGUAAUUGCUCUCGGUUUAUGAACCAUAGCUGCGAGCCCAACUGUGAGACCCAAAAGUGGACUGUCAAUGGCCAGCUCAGAGUCGGGUUCUUCACCACCAAGGCGGUAACUGCAGGAGCUGAACUGACGUUUGAUUACCAGUUCCAGAGAUAUGGCAAAGAAGCACAGAAAUGCUUCUGUGGGGCACCCAGCUGCAGAGGCUUCCUGGGUGGGGAGAACAGAGUUAGUGUUCGGGCAGCUGGUGGGAAGAUGAAGAAAGACCGCAGUCGAAAGAGCGCUCUCACCACGGUUGAUGAGGAGCUGGAGGCGUUACUGGAGAACGGAGAAGGCUUGUAUGAUGAGAAACAGGUUGUGUCUCUCUGCAGACUAAUGGUCCGAGUGGAAACUAUGGAGCAGAAACUCAUCUGUCUCAAGCUCAUACAAGAUACUCAAAAUUCAUCAUGCCUCAAGCAGUUCCUGGACCAUCAUGGGUUGUCUUUGCUGUGGAUCUUCAUGGUGGAGCUUUCUGAAGCUAAAGGCAACAGUGCCAAUAACAUCAAACUGCAGCUAGAGAUUAUGAAGACCUUGGCAGUGCUGCCCAUCUCAACUAAGAACAUGUUGGAGGAGAGCCGAGUCCUGACCUUCAUCCAGCGAUGGGCCCAGACAAAAACUCUCCCUCACCCCGCUGAGAUGGACGGCUACUCCAGUGAGAACACCUCCCGUGCUCAAACACCCCUCAACACUCCCGAUGGUUCCUCCACCAAAAUGGGACCCGAAUUGGAUGGCGACACCACCAAGCCUGCUGUGUAUCGCCGCCUUAAAAUCAUCAGUGAGAAUAGUCUGGACAGUGCGCUCUCUGAUGCAAGCAAAGCAUCUGACGGGAAGGAAGAAGAGGAGGAGGACGAUGAUGAGGAAGAAGAUGAAUCAUCAAACGCAGGACUUCCUGAGAGCAAACAGUUGAAGGCAGAGCCAGUGUGCGAAGCUGCAGAACCAACGAAAGGAACGAUGGAAGAGCCGGUGAAAGAGGAGGGUCAGGUCAAAGGGGAGAAAGAGAAAGAGGAAGAGACAGGGAUGAGUUCAAGCAGUCAACAACCUCAAACUGAGGAAGUAAAAGAAAAAAUGGAGUUGGAUGUGGAGAAGGAGAUUGAGAUGAAAGAGGACACCAGUGACGGGCAGACGGAUGAACCUGAGGGGCCAAAAGAGCCCAGUGAAGAACAGGAGAGUGGGGAGGAGCAGACCAGCGAGGCAGUGACAGAAAAUGCUGAACUGGAAGUAGACCAGCCCAGCGUAAAAGUUCUUGAGCCAGAGAGCCAGUCCAUCCAAACAGAUGUUGCUGAUGUUCCACCUGAGCCACCGUCAGAGAGUGUGGAAGCCCAGGCAGAGACACAAGAGGCUGAGAAACCUCCCCCUGGCAGUGAGGCACAACCUGGUGAAUCUACCACUGAUGCUGCCUCAAGCUCUGAGACUCCUGAGGCCAGUAUACCCUCUGAGGUCACAGCGAACCCCGUGGACCCAUCAGUGAUAGGAACUCCUUCUCAGGAUGAAGAGGAGGGUGUCUCGGAUGUGGAGAGUGAAAGGAGUCAGGAGCCUCAACUCAGCGCUUUGGACAUUAGUGGCAUGGCUGCCAGGCUUCUGGACAGCUGGAAGGAUCUGAAGGAGGUGUACCGAAUACCAAAGAAGAGUCAAGUGGAAAAAGAAGCAAAUGAUCGCAGCCGGGAUCGAGACAUGGCUUUGACACCACGCACCACCUCUGGUAGCCGAGAGCGUGAAAGGGAGCGAGACAAGGAGAGGGACCGUGACAGAGACCGAGACCGAGAUCGAGACCGUGACCGAGACCGAGAUUAUGACAGAGACAGGGAUCGAGACUGGGACAGGGAGCGGGACAGAGACAGAGACAGAGACAGAGAUCGCGACCGGGACCGGGACCGGGACCGGGACCGUGACCGUGACCGAGUCUCCGACAAAACUCCACAACGCAGCACGGAGAGACGGAGGAGACGCUCCAGUUCUCCACCCUCAUCUUACGAGAGGAGCAGCCGACGCACUGAGGAACGGUUUGACCCAUCUAACAGCAAGACACGAGGAGCUGGAGGCAAGGAGCGUAACAAGCUGUCCACAGAAGAGCGCAGAAAGCUGUUCGAGCAGGAAGUUGCUCAGCGGGAAGCCCAGAAACAACAACAGCUUCAACAACAGCAGCAGCAGCAACUUCAGACUAUGGCUUAUGACCCUUCUCUGGCGUAUGCCUCCAGCCCUGGCUUCAUCACCUACCCUCCUGGAUAUCCCAUUCAGACCUUUGUGGAUCCCUCCAACCCCAAUGCAGGCAAAGUUCUGCUUCCUACUCCCGCAGUUGAACCCACCCUGAACUAUGAACAGACACCUCCCCAGCGUCUUAUAUCAGAUCUGGGACUGUCCUCUCCAUCCUCCACUUCCCAGGCCACUCCAGUCUCCAGUCUUUCUCAGCACAUCACCACCCCUGAACUCGCCACUGGCAACCCCCAACAGUAUGCCCAGCCAACUGUAGCAACCCAGGACGCAGGCGUAGCUGUCCUCUCUGUGCCUACCCAGGCAGCCCCUCAGGUACAGGGCCAGCAGAGCUACACUACUCUCUGGGAUCCCACAACUCAGCAGGCAGUGACUGUGCAGACACAGCCUGCGCAGCAGUACGCCACGGCCCCAGCACAGGCUCAGACACAGACAGCCAUCUAUUACCAGGGUCAGCCAUGCCAGACUAUCUAUAGCAUCCCCACCGCCUACCCACAGGCCAACACUCCUGUCAUACAGGCUUACACUGAACCCACAGCAAGCUACCUGCACAGUCAGCCUGUGUAUCCUGGCCAUCAGCAGGGAGUGGUGGUGCAGCAGGGAGGCACAGUCACCACCAUUGUCACAUCCCAAACUGUCCAACAGGAAAUGAUUGUACCCAACAAUGUGAUAGAUUUGCCUCCUCCCUCUCCCCCCAAACCCAAAACUAUCGUCCUACCUCUCAACUGGAAAGUGGCCCGGGACAAUGAAGGCAAGAUCUACUACUACCAUAUUGUCACAAGGCAAACACAGUGGGACCCUCCAAUCUGGGAUGGAAGUAGCGACAACACUAGUGUGGACCAUGAAUCUGAGAUGGACCUGGGAACACCCACCUAUGACGAGAAUCCCUCCAAGUUUUCCACAAAGACAGCUGAAGCAGACACUUCGAGUGAGCUGGCUAAAAAGAGUAAAGAGACAUUUCGCAAAGAGAUGUCUCAGUUCAUAGUGCAGUGUCUAAAUCCUUAUCGGAAACCAGACUGCAAACUUGGACGCAUCAGCAACACAGAAGACUUCAAACACCUGGCUAGAAAGCUAACUCACGGAGUUAUGAAUAAGGAGCUGAAAGCUUGCAACAAUCCUGAGGACCUUGAGUGUAACGAGAAUGUGAAGCACAAGACCAAGGAGUACAUCAAGAAGUACAUGCAGAGAUUCGGCCCCGUGUACAGGCCCAAGGAGGACACAGAGGUGUACUAGCCUCAGCGGCCACAGAUGUUACUCUUGCUCUGCGCGAACACCGGAGAAGCACACAUUUGCCUUUCCAUUCACUCCUUCAUGUAUGUUACUGGCCAGCCUGAGCUGUGAAGUAGUUUCUUACGCAUAUUUAUGACUAAGAAUUGCACUGCUGCCCAAGAAGCUCUCCAGGCCCGGUGGAUCACGGAGGAGCCCCGUUCUUGAGACUGCCGGAGACUCGAGUGUCGGUGAACGACCCCGAAAGCUCCAGGUGCAGUGUUCUCGAAGGACGACACUGCGGGGUGCUACACUGCGGGGUGCUACAGAGAGAUGCUCUCACUGACUGUUUGAUUUUAAGCAUUUGUUGUUUUUUUUCCAUUUGUGGCUCUUAAAUGUUCCUGAGAUGAUCACCUGAAUUCCACUUUUUAAACUCUUGUAGUCCUGAACGAGGAUUACUCAACUGAAUCAGCUUUGGUAUCAUAUUUAUCAGAGUUAGUUUGUUAUUUUCCACUGUUAAAAAUGGAUCAAUGACCCAACAGUCCAGUCCCUUCUCCCCCCCCCCCCCCUUCCUUUUUCAUGUGCACGCUUCAACCCCCCGCCACUGACUCUGUAUCUGGUGCUGCUUUUAACUGGGCUGUGGAGGUCCAAGCUUCCACUCCUCAAACCCUGCCUUCUUAACCACGAGACUUUGGAGCCUCUGUUGUUUUAUGAAUGCAUGAUGUAGGCUGAGGUCAGUUUGGUAUCCUUAUGGAAAUUCCUACGUUUUCCCACAUGUCCUGCUUCAAGUAAUAUGCCCUCACCAGGAUGAGCUGCACUCACAAUACACUUAGGGAUCAGCCAGUAACCAGCAGGUUGGCAUGGUGAUCAUUAUGUCUUUUAUAAAGUUAUGUAUAAUAAUGGGAGCAGGGUUUGAAUGCUGUGUUUGAUGUGCUGUUUAGCUGUGUAUCAGAUUUUCCCCCCCAUUUCCUGUCCAACCCCUCUCCCGACUUGUCCUGCCCCUGUUUCCUCCUCUCGCAGGAAUAAGGUUGAAAAUGAAAGUUGUAGCAUUGCAGUUUUAACCGUUUCUAAACAUCUUGUGUGUUCUCGUUCUUAUUUUCAUUAAUUCGCAAGAUUUUUACGGUUGUCAGAGUAGGCUCAUUAGCAUUAGGUCAUCAAUUUGUUGCAGGUUAUUAAAUUGCAUUGAAAGUUCCAACACAUGUACAUUGCUUUAUAUGUGAAUAUAUUGAAUAAUAGUUUUGGGAAUGUUUAAAUAAGCAGACACUUUGUAAAAGGACUAUCAUUUCAUGAUUGAAAGUGUAAAUAAUGUGUAAAGUUACCAAAGCUGUACGCAGGAGAGUAGGGGUCAGGGAGCACAGCGAGCCCACCCAUCCUCACCAGCUCAGCCCUCCUGAUGCAGUUCCCACAUCAGUCUGUCAGAACUUAGGAAACCCGCUGACUCACAGCCUUCUAUUUUAUUUCAGUGGCGGGGGAGAUUUUCAUGUUUCUUUUUUUUCUGUUUGUUUAUUAUUAUUUUUCUAUGUACAAAGUAAGUUUCACCCUAUUCUACUGUAAGUAUUGUGUAAGCACAUUGUCAUACGGAGUGUACAAACAUUUUAAAAGAUAAUAAACUUUUUUGUAAAAUUA